AAGUAGUUAUUCUUCGUCGGAUACGACUCUCCAAAAACAUAUGCGAACAAGUGGAAUGCUUUGUAUACUAAUGCUUCUUUUUACUGUAAUCUUAGUCUCCGCUCUUCGCUUAGCCUUCGCCGCCUAGUCUAGGUACCUUCGCACCCUCAAUUGGAAGGAUGCGUCAACCCCUCCAUGUGCUGCUUAUCCUGCUAUCUAUCCGUACAUUUCUAUGUUUUUACAGUGUAGAAUAUUUCUUGUGUAUCAGGGUCCGUCCCGCGAUGCUGACCCCCUGUCCUGCAGGCCAUACGCAAAGCACUUUUUUUUUGCUUCAUGCACAUGCCAGGAAGACCAUCAAAAAGGCGACUUCUGUGAACCACAUUACUGUCUGUAAUGGAACAAAUUAACUGCCGAGCGUCCCAGACGCCGCUCCUUUGUUCUUUUUUUCUUUUUCCUCCUUGUAAGAC